CCGCAACGUACAAUCAUCACCAUCGAUUCACGCCUUCCCCUCCAGCACAAUGGCAGCACCGGCAUCCCGUGCGCUCAGGCGCUGUAUCUGCACCGCGAAGCAGUCCGCAUACGUACGACCGACCAUUGGAGCCACACAGCAGAGGAUACAGCGGAGAUGGCAAUCAGAUGCGGCAGCUCCCACAAACCCAAAGAUUGCGACGAUCGUGGACCAGAUUAGCCAAUUGACUCUGCUGGAGACUGCAGACUUGGUAUCGACGUUAAAGACUCGUCUGAACAUACCCGACAUGCCUAUGGGAGGAUUUGUCGCUGGUCCCGGGGGAGGCGCAGGUCCCGCGGCCGCAGCCCCCGUCGAAGAAGAAGAGGCCGCCCCCGCCGCCCAAGAGAAGACACUUUUCAACCUCAAGCUCGAGAAAUUCGACGCCGGCGCGAAACCCAAGGUGAUCAAGGAGAUCAAGGCCAUGCUAGGCUUGAGUUUGGUGGACAGCAAGAAGUUCGUUGAGGGAGCACCGAAGAUGAUGAAGGAGGGUGUGCCAAAGGAGGAGGCGGAGAAGAUUGUCGAGACGCUCAAGGCGCUAGGUGCUACAGUUGUCAUGGAGUAGAGGCAUGCUAGAAGAGGUAAAGAGCAGGAUCUGGGAGAGAGGGACGAAUACUGUAUCAUAGCAUUACGUUUGGGCGUGUACAGAUAUGUUUGGAAUGACCAUGGAUGUAUGCAGUUUACUCAAAAUUCCAAUAACAAUGUGGGCG